AGUUCCUUCGCAUUGGAACCAACGCGAUGGAAUCUGUGCUGCCAGGUAUGGCAUAAAGGUUUCGUAACCCCUUCGAACAAGGAACAGACAAGGUGCGAGUGGUUUGAAAAAAAAAAAAAUAAAGAAGACUGGGAUGGCUUUCUAGUCGAGGAUAAAUAAAAGCUGACCGGAAGUGAUUUCGGAUUUGGUACGGUUUCGUGCCCGUAUCAAAAGGACGGAAAGGGAGAAACAAAAAAGGGAAACGAAGGGGAGGGCGGAUGAAUCUGUCGCGUUAUGGUACGCUACGGAUGCGCGAAAACCGACAGCGGUGGAGUCGAGUGCUUCGUUGAGUUCAAGGAGGCCACGUUGCCGGGGAUGGUCGUCGACGGAAACAAGGUCGGCGCGAUGACGAGAUUCGUCGAGAUGGUCGCGACCGUCGGCUCGUUUUUGCUGGUCCUCGUUACGCUACCCUUCUCGUUGUGCUUCACGUUCAAGGUCGUCCAGGAAUACGAGAGGGCCGUCGUGUUCAGAAUGGGCAGGCUAAAGGGCGACGCUUACGGACCAGGUACGUUCUUCCUGAUGCCGUGCGUGGAUAAUUGCGUACGGGUCGACCUGCGCACGGUCUCGUUCGACGUGCCGCCCCAGGAAGUGCUCACCAAGGAUUCCGUAACCGUUAGUGUCGACGCUGUCGUCUAUUACCGCAUAAAGGAGCCGCUGAAUGCUGUCGUCAAGAUAGCCAAUUACAGUCAUUCUACGCGAUUGCUGGCCGCCAGUACGUUGAGAACUGUGUUGGGAACGAGAAAUUUGGCCGAAGUUCUUUCCGAACGUGAAAAUAUCUCGCACACUAUGCAAACGUCCCUAGAUGAGGCCACAGACCCUUGGGGCGUCAAGGUUGAACGCGUUGAAAUAAAGGACGUUCGACUUCCGGUGCAGCUGCAACGAGCCAUGGCCACAGAAGCAGAAGCCACAAGGGAGGCUCGGGCCAAAGUGAUUGCAGCGGAAGGAGAAAUGUUGGCAUCCCGAGCGUUGAAAGAGGCCAGCGACGUCAUUUCCAUGAGUCCGGCUGCUCUUCAGUUACGUUAUCUGCAAACUCUGAGUAGUAUAUCUGCCGAGAAGAAUUCUACUAUCAUCUUCCCGUUGCCCAUCGAACUGCUGAUUCCGUUCUUGGGUACGAGCGCGUGUCACGAAACACUUCGACCAUCUACGGAGCAACUUCCCGCGAAACAUUUGAAGAUUCAACCGAAGAUCUUGAACAUCGAAACCCCCGGCACGCCUAAAUGAAGGAUAUACAUGGAAUUGUAACUGUUCUUAGAGGAAUUCCGAUAAUAAAUCUGAAU